UCGCCGCCUCCCCGACACCCAGACCGGCAUGGAGCCGCCCCCCCCCCGCCCGCUCUGGCGGCCCCCGGAGCCCGGCGCGGCGCCGGCCGCUCCCGGCGGCUCGGGCGGCGCCGGCACGGAGCAGCGGCGGCUCCGGUUCCGGCAGUUCCGCUACCAGGAGGCGGCGGGGCCGCGGGACGUGUGGCGGCGGCUGCGGGAGCUGUCGCGGCGCUGGCUGCGGCCCGACGAGCGCAGCAAGGAGCAGAUCAUGGAGCUGCUGGUGCUCGAGCAGUUCCUCAGCAUCCUGCCCGAGGACAUCCAGAGCUGGGUGUGGGUGCGGCACCCCGAGUCCUGCGCGCAGGCCGUGGCCCUGGCCGAGAGCUUCCAGCUGGCCCGAGCGGAGCCCGGAGCGGUCUGGGAGCAGCAGGUGCGAGCGGGGGCGGCUUUUGGGCCGGGGCACGGCGGCAGCUCGGCGAGGCGGCGGCAGCGCUCGAGGCCGGCAUGGACGCCGGUGACGGCGCGGCUCUGCGCCCAGCCCGUGAUGGGCACGCGGUGCGGGGGGCCCGAGCGGAACUCCCGCGUCAGCCGGGCCCGGAACGGGACGCGGAUCCGCCGCCGGAGCCCGCGGAGAACCACGGAGCACUCGGAGCGUGCCGGGACCUCCUGCCGCACGCGGUGCGCCCGCGACACGAACUCGACGACGCUGGCGCCGCCGACCCACGGCACGGUGGUGACGUUGCCCGG